ACCAGCCAUAUUAUAUAGCUUAUGCAUACACACACGCUUAGCAUAGCGGCAUAAAAUCAGCCUUUUUUUUACAUUAUUUUAUAUUCGGAGGGCGUUUUAUUAUGACAACAAAUGAAUCAUGAGCUUAUUCAUUUAAUAGCUAUUAAUUAAAUUUUACCUUCUAUUGAUUCAUAUAAUGCUUUCUACAGUAUGAAGUAGCAAUUAUUUACUAAUUGGUUUUCUGCGCGAUGUACGAAGGUUAUUCUUUUUUUUUUUUUUUUUAAUAAAUCGUUUAACAAUGCGAUUAUUAUUUAUAUAAGCUUAAAAUAUAAAAAAAAAAUUAAACUAAAGUAAAAAGAUCACGCCGGCAAAUUUUAUCAAUUAUUUGUAUUGAUUUGAUGACAGCUACCUAGUGCCUUGAAAUAAUAUUGCUAGUUCAUGAAAGCAGUAGACAGUUGUGUUGAUAGUAAAGAAGCACAUAAGUUAAUGGGUAAAUUAUAAUUUGUGCACUCUAUUAAGAAAAAUUAUCAACAAGUAGGUGAAGUAAUUUCUAAUGAAAUGCCAUACAUUUUAGUACGAGGUAACUUAGCCUCCUAUGGUCACAGGUAUCCGUGGAGAGUACUUGUGUCUGGUUUAAAAGCUACUGAUAUUGAACAAUUGAGUCGAUUUGCAUCAGGAGGAUACUGUGACGACUCAACGAUUGUAUAUUUACAACACCCCUGCGUCAUACUUACAGCUUUAGAAGUUUUGGGUUAUAAAGUUGUAGCUUCAUCUAGUACAAGUGUUAAACAAGAUUACAAUGAGUAUAUGUGGACUAUGAGAAAAGAUUUUGCAGAGCCUGAACCAGACUUGAAAGCAGAAGCAGUAUUAAAAGAAGUGAGUUUCAGAUCUUCACAUAGUUGUCUUUGAUCAACAUGGAAAAUCAUGAUGCUUGUCAUUGCAAAUCAAGUGAUUCGACGAGACA